AUGGAAAAAAAAAAGAGUGAAGAAUUGUCAAUAAAUCAAUUACCUACAACUUCAUCUGAUUCUCAUACUAAUUCUACUAUUUCUUCUAUAAAUAAUACAAGUGAUUCACCUACUACUCUUUCUACGAAUGAAAUAAAUAGUACAACUGCUUUAACGAAUAAUUCAGUCUCAUUACUCCCUACAGAACAAGGCGGUGGCUUAACUAGUGCAACAUGCAAAGGAUUAUUUUGUGGACCAGCUUUUGUUGCUUUUCCUGUUUCUCUUGCUCUUCUUGGGGGAGUUUUGUUUUUUGUACUUCUUUAUAUGUAUACUCCUGUUGGAAAAUUUCUUGGAAGAGAUAAUCCAAAAAAAAAAAAAAGCAAAAAAAAGAUUGCAUGA